AUGGAAGCAGUCGGUAAGGGGGAUGUCAAAAUGGAGGAAGUGACAGAAGAGAGAGAAGACAAUUCUGAUAAAUUAAAGAAGAAAAAAAAAAAAGUUCAAAUUUGUGAAGCCAUUACAUGUAAAAGGAGCCAGGGGGAGGAUACUCACCAGGGAAAGGACGCACGAAAGGCUGAAGCAAAGUCGGCUAGAAAGAAUGAAGCCAAGGCUGAAGCAAAGUCUGCUAGGAAGAAUGAAGCCAAGACUGUGGGAACGGCCGCGGAAAAGGGCCCAAAGGUUCGGCACGCGCAGCUAGGCGAGUCGAAAGAAAAGAAGGAGAAAGAGGCUAAGGCGAAAGAGGUCAAAGAGAAAGAGGCCAAGGCGAAAGAGGCUAAGGCGAAAGAGGCCAAGGUGAAAGAAGCCAAGGUGAAGGGGGCCAAGGUGAAGGGGGCCAAAGGGAAAGAGGCCAAGGUGAAAGCGGCCAAGGCGAAAGACGCCAAGGUGAAAGCGGCCAAAGCGAAAGAGGCGCAGCCAACAGAUGAUCAUCCAGAAGGGGAUCGGUUCAAAAGGGAGCACCCACAAAAUGCGCAACAAAAGACAGCGGGGGUCGGGACUACCCUUGAAAAGGUGGCGGAGGGCUCGGACUCGGUGAAGCGCAAAGGGGGGAGCACUCAGGGAGAUGUGCCCAAAGGGGGGAGAAGUCAGGGAGAUGUGUCCAAAGGGGGGAGAAGUCAGGGAGAUGUGUCCAAAGGGGAAAGGGGAAAAGGUAAAAGGGGAAAAGGGGAAAAGGGGAAAGGGGAAAGCGGAAAAGAUGAAAAGGGAACAGGGGAAAGCGGAAUAGAUGAAAAGGGAACAGGGGAAAGCGGAAUAGAUGAAAAGGGAAAAGGGGAAAGCGGGAAAGGCACGUCAGAAAACUCCAACCUCUACUGGGAGGAAGAAAGCCUUAUUGAAAUAUUCAUUGGACAAGCAAAGCUAAAAAACCAACAGACAAACUGCUCCCAUUACGAACAGGCAUUCUGUGUAUCCUAUUUUGUGUAUGAAGACCCCUUAGAAAUUUUCAGCCUAUUUCAGGGGGUAAGUUGGCUGCCAGAAUUCAGAAACAGAUGUACCUCCCUAAACAGAAUCGAGUUUAAUCCAAAGAAAAAUAUCAAAAAUAUUUACUCCUCUGCAUAUGUAAAUAUCAAUCAGUGUGUACAUUUAAGGAGGGGAUACAAUGAGGUCCUAAGUAUUGUGGAUGAUGGGAUUGCUUACGUUUUUAUUUCUAUCAUUGGGGUAAAUUUGAAGGAGUACGAAAAAUUUUAUCAGAGUGAAUAUGUCACCUUAAAGGGAGGAACAACCUCUCCUAACACAUCCUACAUUAGAAGCGAUGCCACUAAACCACUAAACCGAUUUGAGAACCCAUGGGGGAUAACCCCAAACACGGGUGAAGAGUAUCAAAGGGGGAUUGAGGAUACCCCAUUUGGGAAAAACCUCGUGGAGAAGUACAAAAACGAAAUGGAGUUAGAAUUAGACUUUAUGGGAGAGAAAAAACUUGUCAUAGAGAAGGAUUACAAAAAAUUUCUUCACAUCUUAGGAUCCUGCAUUGUUCCUAUAGAAGUGCGUAAUGAAGGAGAAGCAAAUCGAAAGAGGGUUGAAAAUGUAUGCAGUAGAGAUAGCUACAAUGUCUACCCUCAUGAAGUCAUUCGAGCCGUCUUGUACAACUACCUAGACCUGUUCAGAAAAAACAAAAAGGUAAAUUUGUUCCACCUUAUUAGUAAGCACGAACAGGAGUUAUUACCAGUGGGUCGUCUAAAUCUUCAGAUUAAAGAAGUAAAAAAAGAUGUACUACUACCCCCCUGUGAUCUCUUCCAAGAUGAGGAUAUACUUCACAACCUGAGCAAUGGAAAAAGUGACGCAUAUAAUAUUGCAAAGAAAAUUUUUAAACACAUUACAUUAAGAAGAAGGAGUGGAAGACAAGAAAAAGAGAGCUUCGUAGAAAAAAUAAAAAAUUUGUGCUCUCACUUAGAUGUAGAAUUAAAUAAAAAAGAUCCCAAUUACAUGAACCGGUCCUUUUCCUACUUUGAAAAGUCUCUACACAAAAUGGAUGAUAUGAAAGUAGAGGAAAAAUUUAGAAAAAAAAUUAGGAAAAAAUUAUUUAAAAUGUUGGGAUUAUCAAAGAGGAGAUUCCCAAACGGAUUUUGUCCUUCCAGUUGUAGAGUUUUAGAUCUUCCUUGCUCACACCUAAUUGUUUAUGUUCACUGUGUGUCUAACAUAACUCUUAAAUUGAGCUCGUUAAAAAAUUUUAUUGACGUAAACCUCUUUCAUGGGAUCAUAUUUUGGGAGGAAGAGGGGAACAGUAUGCACAAUCUUCAAAAUGUAAAGGAGAGAAAAAGGAGGACUAUCAAAUUGACAUCUCGGAAUGGGAUUCAGGCUGACUACUACUUCGCCACCGAAUGUGAGGAACGGGGUCGCAAAGUGCAGGGGGAAAAACAGGACGUCGUUUGUUUGAAGCUUAAUUUCAACAGCCCCGUCAUUCUGCCUUACAACUACAACGCGCCUUCUUGCAGGCUAAACUUUGUCCUUCUGCACAGCGGCACUCCGUUGCUUCGGUUGGCGCCAAGCGGAGGAAGUGGAGGAAGUAGAGGAAGCGGUGUAGGCGGCGGCAGAGAGGACAGCUGCAACUAUGACGACGUCCUCUAUGACAACUUCGGGUACAACUUCGGGUACAACUUCGGGUACAACUGCGGGUACGCCAUAAAUGAUAACGUCCCGUUUAACGAAGGAGACAAGGUAAAGAAGAGCCUCCAAACCCACCCGUAUUAUCUGAAAACGAAGGGGAACGACCCCUUCGUUGAAAAUUCCAGACCCUUUGUUGAACUCUCAUUCUACACACACCCAAAAAAUAGCACAUUUUUUUCUGCACCCAAAUAUAAACUGUUUUACAAAAAUCAAGUAAAGAGCAACUUGGGGGAAGACAUUACUCACUCCUCGUAUUCAGCUCCUAAUUUUGGAAGAGACAAUCUGGUUUUUCAUUUUUUCGAUGACUUUGCGGAUGACCUACGUGUGGGGAAAGCAAACCGGAGGAAUCAUUUUAAGAGUUACUUUUUCGUGCCCGUUAUGGGAAGUGAAGUGCAUGAGGGGUCUCCACUGGGGAGGCGCGGUGACGCCCUGUCGAGCGGUGUCCAACUGUGUGACGCUCCAUCGAGUGACCUCCAACUGUGUGGCGCUCCAUCGAGUGACCUCCAACUGUGUGGCGCUCCAUCGAGUGACCUCCAACUGUGUGGCGCUCCAUCGAGUGACCUCCAACUGUGUGGCGCUCCAUCGAGUGACCUCCAACUGUGUGACGCUCCAUCGAGUGACCUCCAACUGUGUGACGCCCCGUCGAGCGGUGUCCGCAAGCACGGUCAACGUGGGGUCGCGCCGCUGGAUGCCCCCAUCGAGGUGGUCCACUUCGCCGUGGCAGAGGGAGGGGGACUCCAGGGGGGGGAAAUAAAUAAGUGGCACUCCUUCUACGUACACACAAAAAAUUACAGAAAAAAGAAAAUAUAUGGAGGAAAGCACAUUCAAAUUAGGAUUCAAGUUGAGCCACUCGGAUAUCUUCAAUUAGACUAUGCUGCUGACCCUUGUAGAAACGCAGAGGUAAAUAAAAACACCUUAACUUGCUAUGCACCUAAUAAGGAGGUGAGAGCUCCUGAUCACAUCUGCUUUAACUCCUUCAGUGAGAUACACGAACUGGUCGAUUACGAAGUGGAGGAUUUAAAGAAUGGCACAUACGAGGUUACAUACCAGGUGCACAAAGUGGGAAGGAAGCUGCUCUACAUCUUCUGCGACGGGAUCGAUGUGGUUGGUUCUCCAUACGAAAUAAAGGCUACCCCCGCUGGCGCAGAUCCAAAGUUGUGCAAAAUUUUGGGCAAGGGGGCCACCCAGUGCCUGGCCACCCCCGUUCUGGACCUGCGCAGUGGGCCCUGGGUGGGUGACCGUCUGGGCAAGCGGCGAGAGGUCAAUCUGGGCGCCAAUCUGAAAGGCGGUCUGGUUAACCAGGGUAACUACCUAGGCGCCGACCUGGGUGAUGACCCGAGUGAUGACCUGGGUGCCGACCUGGGUGCCGACCUGAGUGUCGACCUCAGUGCUGCCCCAGCGCAUGACUCCGCUUUGCAACCCGAGUCGGCUCGGCCAGGGGGAAGCGCCCCAGAGGUGAAUGCCCAGGAAGGGCUCGAUGCUGGCGCCUCCGCGGGGGGUGCUCCUCCGGGAAAGCAGCCAGGAGAGCAGCCAGGAAAGCAGCCAGGAGAGCAGCCAGGAGAGCAGCCAGGAAAGCAGUCAGGAGAACAGGCAGAAGAACAACCAGGAACCCCCCCAGUGGAAGGCCGCCCAGGGGAGACUCACCCCAGUUCCACCGCUUCCGCUGCCGCUCCCCAUGGUGCGCACGAAUUCCACAUCAUCUCCAUAACGAAGCGGAAGGCGAGCGAAACGGAAGAGGUAUCAAAUCGAUGUGCGCGUGAAGAAGCGUUAGGCAGUAGAUCGUCAGAUAGGAAGACCCCCUACUGCAGUGACGAAGCGAACAAGCUUUUUUCUCACCCAAAAUAUUACGACGAAAUAAAAGGAGAAAACAUCACCGAGAUGGACAAAGAAAACAAGAAGAGAUGUGCUCAACUCCUGAAAGAAACACAAAUAGUAAACACAUUUACAGUAAUACUUUGUGAUAAAAAUGGAGUAAAGCUAUGUAUAGGGAAUGAUAACAUAAAAGUGGUGGGAAAAAAUGGCGCACAGAUCAAACGAGUCGUGGAUAACCAUGACGGGAGUUACACAGUUGAGUAUGUAGUCCAUUUUAAAAGAGAGGAGAAAACGAAAAAGAUGUUUGACGAUGAGGAUAUAAAACAAGUGCAAAUUUUUUAUGAAGAAUUUCUCAUACACUCUAGUAGGAAACACAACGAUCAUUAUGUCAUUGAAAAAUUUCAAAAGAAAUUCCAGAAAGACAUUCCUAUAUGCUGUCAGAUUCAUGUCUACAUAAACGAAGUUGAGAUGUAUGGGUCCCCAUUGAAACCUAUUAUUAUGAAUAUCCCACAGAUGCUUCACUUUUUCAACAUAUAUUUUCAGUUUACCUACUCAGGGUUGUUACUAAAAAAUUUUGAAUUCUUACUAAACUGUAAUGAUUAUCAAGGGUGCAUGAAUAGUCUCUCCUCAUUUUAUUCCAAUUUCUUGGGUGUGGUGGAGAGUGAAGAAAGGAGCUCCAAGUCAAUAGGCUCCAAUAGGUUGCAAAGACUGAUCCGAUUUGUACCCACCAAAGGAAUUGACGAGGAAGUCAAAGUUGAAAAUUUCUUCUUUCACAUUCCGUUGAACGUUUUGGACUUGAGGAAGGAAGCCCUCGUGGAUAGUACUACCUUACCAAUAGGUGACAUCCCCCAUGGGUAUACCAAAUGGGGGAAAAAACAAAAGGGUGGAGUGGGGAAGUAUACAAAAGGUAACCCACUACACAGAAGAACAAUCCCCGAAAUGAACGAAUCUUUAUUUGUAAAUGAAUGGCUCCACAUGCACAUGUACAAAUCGAAGUUAUCCGAAAGAGAUGCCAAGUAUGACAUGGGUAUGAACCUGGCCUACUCCCUAAGUAAUAUCAUUUUACAGCACCUCAUAUAUUUAAAACAGUAUAAAUUCUUUAUCAACUCAAAGCAAUAUGAAAAUGGCUUGCUCCAAAAUAACAUACUUACCCAGUUUAGGAAGCUCCUAGAGGAGGAAUAUAAUAAAAUGUUUGCAUACCAAACAAAUAAUAUCAUAGAGUACUGUGAGAAAUUUGGGAAAUCCAAAUUUAGUGGCUUAGAAGAACUAAUAAAGGUAUACAAAGGUAUUGCAUUCGAACUGAGGAAGUUAAAGAAAAAUGAUUUGGCGGAUGAUUUCGAUAAGUGUUGUGAACAUAUGUGUCAGGAGUUGUAUCUUCAUAAUAUCGAGUCGAGUCUGCUUAGGAAGGAAGCAACGUUAGACAAGUAUGAGCAAAUGAUUGACCAAAAAAUGGAAAAAGUGAACCAAAUAAAGGAGAGGCUCAAGAAGUAUGAACAGAAUGAGGUAGACAUUGAGAGGAUCUCUAAACUGUGUAGUGUCAAAAGGGAUAAAGCCAUCCAGACAAACGACUACCUAUCGUUGUCACAUAAGAACAGCUUCUUAAGCUCUCUUAUCGAGUCCAGGAGGAAAGAAGAACCCUUAGAAGGGGACGCCCAAAUGAAAAAUACACAGCCAAACCAGCUACAGAUGGAAGAAACAAAAAUCAGGGAGAUGGUGAGGAAGUACUGGAGAAACGCAUCUACCUAUGACAUAUUUGUGAGUAUAAAAAAAACGAUGAAUAAUUGCCCACGACUGAAAAUUUCACUGGACGAAACGUUUAACUACUACAGCUGUAGUGUCAAGAAGGACAACAAAAUGAAGGAUUUUCAAAUUAAAAAAAUGCAGGAAAUAAAAAUGGUGGAAAAUUUAGACAAUUUAAAAAAAAUAGACUUAAAUGAAGAGAAUAACAACCUGCUCUCACAUAACGAGUUGAGUAGCUUCCACCUGACGUACAACGCUUAUGUAGCUCUCCUAAUAGACUUGCGAUGCAACAGAUUUUUUCUUAAAGAUUUGGAGAAUGUCCUUUGGCUGUUCGAAAAAUUUUCAAUCCAGCACCACUCCUUUCGAAACCUGUAUAACCCAUAUGGAUUUUUACGAGUCAUUCCAAAGUAUCUCUUCAUCGCCUUUGUUAGAGAAUUGGCCUACUUGAAUAUGCUCUAUGUCGUCUCUGAAUGUACAGUCAUCAACAACGAGGACGAAAAGAGGUUCUUAAACGCUAAUCACCCCUCUCGGCUCUCCUCAUUUCAUCAUUUUGUCAAGUACCAUUUUGUUCCCUUUUAUGAGGAACUUAGCUUGGAACCCAAUUUUCAGAAUUUUAAACAGAAUUUAAUUGAGCAUAAUGGGGAAGAGGUCGACCCGGAUAGCACCAGGGAUACAUGCUCCUCUGGUGGGGGAGUGAUCCCCACCGUCACUGCUAAUAACACCCCACAUGUACAUAUAAGCCUCCUUGAUUUGGAGACCUACUUCAACAACGAGUUGCCUCUCCUCGUUCGGCACAAGAACUUCGAGAAGACCUUCCCCCUUCUGUUUGAUUACUACUCGGGGUUGUCUACCCCGCGUGACGCGUCGCCGCAGGAGCGCGCCGGGGCAGCUACUCAAGGGGAAGUCGUCCAGCCCCAGGCCGUCUCUAGCGCAGCUAACACGGUCAAAGCGGCUAACCCGGUUAAAGCGGCUAACCCGGUCAAAGCAGCUAACCCGGUUAAAGCAGCUAACCCGGUCAACGCCGCUAACCCCGCUAACACUGCUAACCCGGCUAACCCGGCUAACCAAGUGGGAACGGGCGAACCCGCGCCGUGUCCCGAGAAGCACGUCUCCGUCGCCAUCUUCAUUCGAUUCCUGCGCGAGUUUGGACUCAUCCCGCACUUCUUUAGCAACCAAAUGGCGAUACGCACACUGCAGUCCUUCAUGCAAAAGAAGGGGAAAAAGAAAUUAAACUACGAGGACUUCUCCCAUGCCAUUAUUAUAUCCAUCUGUGAAUGCGUGAAAAAAAAUAUCCUCACCCAGUACAACAUGCUUAAGGUGAAUAAUCAGCUCAACUCAAAAAUUCAGACGGAAAAAAUUUUGAAUCCAAGUUACAUUCAGUACGAGGCCAAGGAGUUAAUCUACCUCUUCGGCUUCGCUGACACGCAGCUGGUGCGGUCGAAGCUGGUCGGGUAG